UUGGGAAGUUUAAAAAUAAUGAAGUGGAGGCAGCUUUUCUGGAUUGCAUUCUGUGUUGUGGAGCUGGCUGGCAACACUUCUGGGAGCCCCACAGACACCCCCACACCCACGGCCACAGCCACAGCAUCGAAAGACACCAGCAGCACAGCAGCCACUGGAGCCACUGGAGCAACUGGAGCACCCAGCAGUGCCAAGCCAACGUCUGACCACACGAGCCAGGGGGUCCUCACAACCGAGAGCCCAGCGACGCGACCCAGCACAACGGCAGAAACCCCAGGGGCCACGGCAGCUCUGACCAGCUCUCCUGCCACCUCGGGGCAUCUUCCCAUCUCAGCUGCCACCACCCCACUGCACACAGACAGGGACAGCCCGAAGCCCAUCACGUGCCACAAUGUCAAAGAAGUGAGCGACACUGGGGCCAUCUGCUUGCAGCUCAACGAGUCCAACACUUGUAAGCAUUUUUUAGAGCUGAAGGGAUCGGAGUUGUGGAGUGCAAUAUGUGAAGAAAGCGCCCACCGCGUUCCCUCCCCCUGCCAGAUCAAACUGGCUAAAUCCGAGGUGGACCGUGACUGUCUGCUCCUCAUCCUCGUUGGUGAGAGAGAUCCUGUGACAGAUGUGCUCCCGGAGCCUCACUGGGAAAAGUUUGGAAUAAAAUCCCUUAAACGGGGGAGUGUGAGGAACCACCAGGACUUUUCUCAGAAGACCCUGAUUGCCUUGGUCACAUCUGGCCUCAUGCUGGCGUUCCUGGGCUUGGCUGGAUAUUUCCUGAUGAAGCGGAGGAGCUGGAGCCCCGCGGGGGAGAGGCUGGCUGAAGACCCAUAUUACACAGAAAACGGUAGCCAAAGAAACACCAUGUUGAUGAUGUCCCCUCAAGAGCAACCUGAGCUGCAGGAGAAGCCAAAUCUCAACGGUGGGACUCAGGAGAAUGGGACUGGCCAAGCGUCCUCCAAAAACGGGCACUCAGCCAGGCAGCACGGCCCCGCCGACACCGAGAUGUGA